AUGGCCCUGGCUGCAGCAUUGGAGGGACAGCUACAACUGAGAGAGGUCUUGGGGAUCCCCUUGCAGGCUAGCACUGUGGACAAAUGGAGCCAGAUCCAGAACUUUGAGGCCAAGCCGGAUGAUCUUCUCAUCUGUACCUAUCCUAAAUCAGGCACCACAUGGAUUCAGGAAAUUGUGGACAUGAUUGAGCAGAAUGGAGAUGUGGAGAAAUGUCAGAGAGCCAUCAUUCAACACCGCCAUCCUUUCAUUGAGUGGGCUCGGCCACCCCAGCCCUCUGGGGUGGAAAAAGCCAAAGCAAUGCCUUCUCCACGGAUACUAAGGACUCACCUUCCAACUCAGCUGUUACCUCCAUCUUUCUGGGAAAAAAACUGCAAGUUCCUUUAUGUAGCUCAAAAUGUCAAAGACUGCAUGGUUUCCUAUUACCAUUUCCAAAGGAUGAAUCAAAUUCUUCCUGACCCUGGUACCUGGGAAGAGUAUUUUGAAACCUUCAUAAGCGGAAAAGUGUGCAGGGGUUCCUGGUAUGACCAGGUAAAAGGAAGCUGGAAAGAGAAAGACCAAGUACAUCUAAUCCUCUACUUCUACAAGAAAAUGAAAAAGAGGAGGCGAUGCACCUCCCCAUUCACUACAUACACAUUAGCAAAGCAAGCAAACUACAACGAUAGAAUAUGCACACACACACUGCCUUGUGCUAUGCUGCAGGAACCAGACAUGGAUACCUAG